AUGUCCACCAGAUCGGUGGUGGUGAUUUUCCUGUUUGGAGUUUGUUUGGGACUAUCGGUAGCAGGGAUGCAAUUUUCCCUCCAAUUGGGUUCGACGACCGGUGAUUGCCCUUCUUCCUCCUACAAAGAGAGUCUCUCUGCCAAUGCUCCUCCUUCCACUACAACUUCUUCCACUACUUCUCUGGAACCACUGCAUAUACUAUUUGGCAUGUCGGGCAACGAUCCAGGCUUUUUUGAAGAAUUCCAAGUCUGUCUCAAGAGUGUGUUGCUGAAUGCUCCUCAUCAACGAGCGACACACAUUCACAUUAUGGCCGAUCAAGAAGCCUUCCAAACGCUGCACCACACUAAUGCCACGCACAAGGGAAUCUUCGAAACCAUCCAACUCCAGGGAGCCCCAUGGUUCCAAGACAUCACCAUUUCCACCUACAAUGUUCAAUCCCACGUAGACCAGUGGUCGGAAUAUAUUCGUCAACGCGUCAAUCAUCAAAAUUAUCCUGCCACGGAGCAUCACACCGUCGGCGCUUACUUUCGACUCUUUCCACAACAAGUCAUUCCCAAUCCACCCGAAUUCAUGCUCUAUCUCGAUACCGACGUGGCCGUCAUGGCCAACAUGGCCGGAAUGCUACCCUACGCCGAUCCCACGUAUACCUUUAUCAUGUCGGAAUCGUGUACCGGUGUCAUGUGGAUCCAUGUUCCCAAAUUAGAUCAGUUUUGGAAUCACUAUGUACCCCAGCGAAAAUGGGAUAUACGGAUUGAACACGAUCAAAAUCUCAUUUUGGGAGUGGCGCAAGCAUUUCCCAACGAUCCCAUUGUACAAGUCCUGUCGCCCACAUGGGAUUUGCAAGUGGCCAAACAUUGGCGGCACGUGACACGACAACAAUUGUUGGCACUACGACCCGACGGAAUCGGUUUGAUUCAUUACAAUGGAGGGGGGGCCUCCAAGGGAUCCUCCUUUCGUGUCAGUGAUUUUGUCACCAAGGACUGGGCGCAAGACGGGUGGGCCAUUCCCGCAUUGUAUUAUCGAGAAUUGCCCUGGGAAUGGGUCAAAUUCAUGGGGAGAAUGAUGGUAGAGGAGCGGGGAGGAGGAGGAGGAACGAUUCGAAUACAGACUACUACAAAACAUUGA